AUGCCAACUAUCUCUGAGAGAACGAGGGUAAUGCUUUGGAAACCCGAUGAGCCGGGAUGGAACCAAUACUUCGUACUCAAUUUCCGAUCAUUUUCAGAAAAAGAAGUAUUAUCGGAAGGCUGGCUUCGGUGCAAUACGGAAGGUUUCUGGGCGCAAACGUGGGAAGGCCUACUACGGCCAAAAGACCAUGAUGAGUAUUGGACUAUGCACUUUGAAGACAUGGAGUUCUAUGGAUUCGAAUGGAAGAUUGACGAGGCUAAGAUUCUCACAAGUCAAUCAAUGCUCCUUGCUACUGUGUAUCAUGACAACAAUGGCCCUUCUAAACAACAAUUCGUGGCGGCGUUGGAAGAGAAUGUGACCCACACAGAUAACUUCAGCAAAACCCAUGGUGUUUCUUGGAGCAUCGAGGUCGGUGCAAAAAUUAAUGUACCGACUGUUGCCGAGGGGUCGGUUGAAAUUGAAGCCGGGACUUUGCACAGUUGGACCCGGGGAAGCUCGGACUCGACGACGAAAAAAUAUACGUUUAAUAGUCCAGUUAACGCCGAGCACUGGUGCCGUCAAAAGUCAUCUAUAUCUUUGACAGUGAGAGAGGUAAAGGUUCCGUUCGUUGUCACAUACAAGUCGGCUUCCACCGGGCAAAAAGUUCAUACUGAAGGCGAAUGGAACGGUACGAGGAGCUGGAGUGUGACUCUAAUCCAUACGUUGGACAAGAGGUAUGACGCAAGGUUUUAA